UCUGCCUCCUUACCCGGCUCUGUCCCGCACUUUCAUUUAACCUCCCCAUAGUGCCGGACGGGAAAUAACUUUAAUUACUUUGUUAAAAUUAGAGACCCUCCGAAUGACAGCCCCUCGUGCUCAGUAUCACCCCUGACAACGACGCCGCAGAGUUUGACUUCACUUUGUGAGCCUCGGCGGAGCGCAAACUGAGGAGUUACCAGGAGUCCCCGCCACGCUCCAGCGAUGGUUACUUUACGCACGGGAGUUGAAGGCUGUGUGAUCUGACUCCGCUUCUUCUGAGUCUGGGCGCUGAAACUCUUCAUCAUCGGCCGCAACGCUUUCCAAGUUUUGCCAGGACCACGCAGCGAAUGACAAAGAAGUGACUCCAGGUGAUGUUCAUGAAUUUUAAAAUCAUCCACAAGUGAGAAGAGGGUGUUGGAGUUGAAGUCUCUUAUUUCCAAUGAUGUCUUCCAUGCGAGCUACGCCUCCCUUCCACCCACGGUCUGAGGAAGAGGAAGCGAUGGGUCAGGAUAUUGGGGCCUGGGCCAGCGACAAGCGAGAUGGGCUGAAGGAGACCCCAUCUCCCUCUGCACAUGACCAACCGCACCUGGACGAGCUGCAGCCGGUCAGAGAGAAGCUGACAGAUGCUGAGUGGGAGAAUGUGGUGCCUGCUGCUGCGAUGGACACUGACAGCAGUAAAGGCUGCUCUGUCUACUCCUACCGGACUAACUCUACCUCUCCACCAAAGCCAGAGGAGUGUUCCAGGGAGCAAAUGAUCGGCCUCACCUUCGGGACGCCGGAGCGCCGCAAAGGAAGCCUGGCAGAUGUUGUGGACACACUGAAACAGAAGAAACUGGUGGAGCUGACCAAGACAGAACAAGACGAACCAACCUGCAUGGAGAGGCUCCUUUCUAAGGAGUGGAAGGAACGCGUCGACCGCCUGAACGCCAACGAACUGCUGGGGGAAGUGAAAGGUACUCCAGAGUCACUGGAGGAGAAGGAGCGCCAACUCUCCACCAUGAUCGGUCAGCUGAUCAGUCUGAGGGAGCAGCUCCUCUCCGCCCAUGACGAGCAGAAAAAGAUGGCCGCCUCACAGCUGGAGAAGCAGAGACAACAGAUGGAGCUGGCCAGGCAGCAGCAGGAACAGAUCGCCAGGCAACAGCAGCAGCUCCUGCAGCAGCAGCACAAGAUCAACAUUCUCCAACAACAGAUCCAGGUUCAGGGUCACAUGCAGCCUCUGAUGAUCCCAAUUUUUCCUCACGACCAGCGCUCUCUGGCAGCCGCCGCCGCUGCACAGCAAGGUUUCCUCUUCCCACCGGGCAUGUCUUACAAGCCAGGUGAGAAUUACCCCAUGCAGUUCAUUCCAUCGACAAUGGCAGCUGCAGCAGCAUCUGGACUCAGCCCGUUACAACUACAGCAGCUGUAUGCCGCCCAGCUGGCGAGCAUGCAGAUCUCACCGGGAGCCAAGAUGACUCCCCUCCCGCAGGCUCCAAACUCCUCCGGGCCUCUCUCCCCCUCGGCUCUGAAGAGCGAGAAGCGAGCGUCCAGUCCUGUCACUCACAUUAAGGAGGAGGGAUCCACACAGCCGUUGAACCUCUCAGCCAGACCCAAGACAGCUGACUCUCUCCGUCGCUCCCCGACGUCCCCGACACACGGUCUGUUCUCCGGAAACAAGACCAGUCCUUCAGGCAUGGGCAAGGGCCGCAUCCCGAGCCCCAUCCCCGGCAUGGGCAGGAACACCUCCCUUGACAUCCUGUCCAGCCUCAACUCCACGGCGCUGUUCGGGGAUCAGGACGCUGUGAUGAAGGCCAUCCAGGAGGCGAGGAGCAUGAGGGAGCAGAUCCAGAGGGAGCAGCUCCACCACCACCACCACCAGCAGCAGCAGCAGCAGCAGCAGCCGGGGCACCAGAGUUUGGAGGCCAAACUGACGGCACUGAGCAGCAUGAGCCUCAACAACGGCAACAAGGAGCGGCUGCACUACGAAACGCUGAGCCAGCACCUGGGAAAGCUCGGGGAGGAUGCUGGGAAGAUGGUACAUCGAGUCAUUGACCUGACGAGACCAGAGGACUUGGAUGGGAAUAACAUCACAGAGGCCCGAGUGUUCAGGGAGGCGCGGGGCAGGAACACCGCGGAGCCGCACAUCAAGAGGCCCAUGAACGCCUUCAUGGUGUGGGCCAAAGACGAGAGGAGAAAGAUCCUGCAGACCUUCCCCGACAUGCACAACUCCAACAUCAGCAAGAUCCUCGGCUCUCGCUGGAAAUCCAUGACCAACCAGGAGAAGCAGCCGUACUACGAGGAGCAGGCCCGCCUGAGCAAGAUCCAUCUGGAGAAAUACCCCAACUACAAGUACAAGCCGAGGCCCAAGAGGACCUGUAUCAUCGACGGCAAGAAGCUGCGGAUCGGAGAGUACAAGCAGAUGAUGCGGUCACGACGGCAGGAGAUGAGGCAGUUCUUUGUGGGGCCUCAGCCUACGAUGCCUCUUGGCAGCAGCCCGGGCGGUGUAGGAGUUUACCCAGGCGCCAUAACCAUGGCAACGACAGCCACCCAAUCGCCACACCUGACCUCAGACUGCUCCAGCAACUCCGCCAGCCCCGAACCCGCCAUCCCCGUCAUCCAGAGCACGUACGGGGUGAAGUCCGAGCCCGGUGGGGGCAGCAACGGGGGCGGGGUCGGAGUGCUGGAUCACCUGCCCAGCGACCCCACCAAUGGAGACGACGACAUGGACAUGUACGAGGACUUUGAGGACGAACCCAAGUCAGACUAUAGCAGCGACCACGAGACGCGGGAGGCCGUGAGCGCCAACUGAGAGUACUGUUGUAAAAAAAAAAAAGAAAAAAGAAAAAAAAAGAGGAAAACAAAACCUCCUGUUAUACUCAGAGACACUUUUUAAAAACACAGUUUAUUACAAAGACCUUCAGGCGGACUUUCAGGACAUGUUGCGUCAUGCACUGAGCGGACACGCUCAGUAUGGUCUUAAACCGUGUGGCGAUGGAUGGUUUGAGCGAGAAGGCUGAUGGGAAAAAAUGUGACCUGAGAAAACAACCUGAACAGACUUUGAGAACCGACGAUGAACUUCAGCUCCCUUCACUUCGACAAUCUUAACAGGAGCGAGGAAAAAGGAAGCCGAGAGAGAGAGAGACAGAGAGAGAGAGAGAGAGAGAGAGAGAGAGAAAAGAGAGAGACAGAAAAGAGAGAGAGAGAGAAGAAAGGAGCGAUGGACACAUUGCUGUGUGGUGUGUAAAGAGCAUGCAUGGAUUUUGAAGCAUCAGGAGAUGGUCUUCAACAGCUAUUUGGUCUUAAAUGUUUAAGGAGUGAUUUUUGUUUUGAUCAUUAUGUAUUGACUUUUUUGUGGGUUUUUAUUUUUCUCGUCUUUUGUUUCUAUCGACUCUCUCUGACAGGUCGCCGCCUGUACAAACUCUGGACUGUCGGAACUUGAAAUUUGAAAAAGUUUUAAUAUAAAUCCUAGCUAUUGUAAUCUUAUAGUCUUACUUUUGUUUCUUACCAAUACAGUGCAUCGACAUCUUUUUCUUUUUUUUUCUGACAAACUGCUUAUAUUACAUGACUGUUUUUUUUUUUUUUUUUUUAAAUAUCCCAGCUCAGGUAUGAUGUGCCAGCUUGUGAAUGUUUUUAUUUUUCAUUUUCAUACAAAAGGAGUGGUAGGACUUUUUAGACUGUCGAUGAAAUAAAGGGAGCAAAAUCCCUUAUAUACCAUUA